AGCACGAUGAAGCUGGAGUGGGGGGACGGCGAGGCCGACUACGGCCUGGAGGAGGCCGCCUUCUACGAGGGGCCGCCGGCGCUGGCGCCGCCGCCGCGCAAGCAUGUUUCCUUCAGCCUCCGCCUGGAUCUAUGCGAUGAGGGCGGCGGCGCGGUGGAGGGCAUCAAGAGCGAACCGCCGGAGAGUGAGGAACCGCGAGCCAUGCAGAAGGUGCCUUCGCUGUCCGACCUGUCCGACCCGGAGGCGUCAUUAGACAUCCCAUCGCAGGUGCCCCCGCUGACGCCCGGCACCAACAAGAAGAUGGCCGAGGCGCUGAAGGCUACCUUCGCCUCCUGGGAGAAGGAGCAACUGCGCCUCGGCGUGCCCAAAGAUCCGAGACAAUGGAGCGAAGCAGCGGUAGCAGCGUGGCUGCGCUGGGCGGCGCGCGAGUUCUCGCUGGAAGGCGUGGCGCUGCAGCAGUUUGCGCGCGCGCAGGGCAAGGACAUCUGCGCCAUGGGCCGCGAGGAGUUCGUGGCACGCGCGCCCGCCUUCAUGGGCGACAUACUGUGGGAGCACCUGGAGAUCCUGCAGAAAGAUGUGGAGAAGGAGCGCUCCCUGCUGGCGAACGUGCCUCCUAACAUGUACGAGAGCAACGUCUGCCUGCCCGAGCUGCCGGACUACAUCCCGCCGCCGGCGCACCACUACAACAACAACAACAACAAUACCGGUGGUUACACGACAGGCGGCCCCCGCGACACCACCUACGGGUACACGGAAGCGGCGGCAGCGCCGGCGCCCGCGCCCCCGGCCGCCUCCCCCCUGGACGAGUACUACCAGCCCGAGUACCCCGCGCCGCCCGCACCGCAGCCCUACCUAGACGAGUACUAUCACCACGCGCACCACUCGCAGCCGCUCAUCGCGCACGAACACAAAUACCAGCCACAUGCGUACACCAAGCCUUAUCCUAGAGGUGCGGGCGGGAGGUACGGCGGUGAAGGCUACGGCGAGAGCUACCCGGCGGAGUAUAGCGGCACAUGCUCCGAGUGGAGCGAGUGGCCCGGCGAGCAGCACGCGCUCAUACCGCAGGACAAGCUCGCGUACCCCGCCUCAGGACCUUGCUUCACUGGUUCAGGGCCCAUCCAGCUGUGGCAGUUCCUGCUCGAGCUGCUGACGGACAAGGGCUGCCAGGGCUUCAUCUCGUGGACCGGCGACGGCUGGGAGUUCAAGCUCACCGACCCUGAUGAGGUGGCGCGACGCUGGGGCAUUCGCAAGAACAAGCCUAAGAUGAACUACGAGAAGUUGUCGCGCGGGCUGCGCUACUACUACGACAAGAACAUCAUCCACAAGACCGCCGGCAAGCGCUACGUCUACCGCUUCGUCUGCGACCUGCAGAGCUUGCUCGGAAUCUCGCCAGAGCAACUGCACGCGAUGUACGAACCGAAGAUGGAAAAGAAAGACGACGACUGAACGCACACGUCAUCACUCACCCGCAGAAACGCACCGAUCUGGCACGCUGCCAUAUAUCAUUUAAAAAAAAAACAUUCGGAACUCCAUAUUGUCUAUGAAAUUUUCAAAUGUCUCUUAUACUCUGGCAAACCCACUUUCUUAGUAGAAAAAGGCAAGAAAUUCAAAUUUUCUAUAGGCGGACAACCCGUCGCGCCUACAUUUUUAAAUUUGCCCCUUUGUCUACUGACGAAAAUGGCUUGCCCAACUUUAAAUGCAAUAUCUUGUGAUAAGAGCGUGUACUGGCCCAUUUCAAAGCUGCAACGAUCAUCACAUUAAUAGAGAUUUGCUCGCGUACACGACCUUAAGUUCUUUCAAGUCUAUUCAGUUUUGAUCUCAUAACCAGUGGAUUUCACGAGGCUUCGCCGAAGCUUAGCGGACCUAAGUGGUUCAGGGUACUAUUAAUCAUCUAAACACAUUAUUAUUUAUUAAGUCCCAGAAACCAACGGUGCCUUACACUUCAUGACAUUAUUGACUGUUAUUCGGAAUCAUUCAUUUCCAUUUGUUUGCAUCAAAAGUCAAGUUUGCGACAGUAUUAAGAUGCUUCAUCUAUUAUUGUAUUGAAAUUAUAAAUCUGAACGUUUUGGCUUCAACGUUUCUGUCAGCACCAUGAAACGAACACGAUUAUGGAUACUUGAGUACUGAAAUAGUAAAAUUCUGCUAUAAAUUUAAUGGUAACUGUAAAUAUAAGUUAAUUUUGUUAGGUACUUUAUAAAAAUAAUUAGGUAUUAUAUUAUAGUAAGUAUUAAGUGUUGUAUGUUUGAUUCGCAAGUUGUUGCAAUAUGCUGUAAGAAUAAAGCAUAGUUAGAAUCGAAUGGUGAAGAAAGUUUUUUUUUAAAUUAUACGCAAAAUAUUUUAAAAAGUCCAAAGAUUGUAAAAUCUGUAUAAUUAACUCUAUACCCACCAAUUGGUAACAGUUUAGUAAACUACCAAAGGGCUUACUCUAACCUUCGGCAGGGGGUUUACUACGGUUUCAAUUCUCUUUUUGCAAUGCCAUUUCUGACUAGUUAAAAUGCACCCAAGGGCAUGGGCAUAAAGUUCAUUUUCGCAUGCCCAAGGGCUCGUCCAAAAAGAAAUUAUUGACACACCGGGCGACACCGUCGCUGAUCUCGUGGUAACGGAAUGUAACGUCUUACUAGUAAUGAAAUUAAUUAGUUGUAUUAUUUUCAAUUUUUAUAGCUCCUAGCAUACACCGAAGAUAUUUCGAUAAGGUUUAUUUUGUAAAAUAUUUUUCCUCCAUCAAUAUCAUACUUGCCUACGAAUAGGUAUGUGCAAUGUGCAAAAUUAAAUUAAGUUGGACUAUGCCUGUUAAGCGCAGAACACACGGAGCGUACCGCUGUGCGGUUGCUGAUGCAGUGUGUUGUGUGCUUUAUUUAGUGUCUCCACUGUCUUGCGCGGGUGCACGCCCAUCGCGGAUAAAAAUCCGUCGCACGCGUCCGCGCCAGUUGGCGUUGCUCAUACUAUUGUUCGUUCACCCGCGCAAGACAGCGCAGGCACUUAGUUGCGGUGCUGUUCACUCUAUGUUAAACUUCCUACUGAGAAUGUUGUCUUCCCCGUUGUCCCAGUGUCUGCAGACAGGCCGCUAGGCCCCUAUAUUUCUGCAAGCGACCUGCCAUUACGAAGUGAGACCUAUUUUGUAGUUAUGGCCAAAUUUUGAAUGUAUAAGUGUCGUUGUAUGUAUUGAUGGAAGAUAUAAAAUUAAAAAUAUAUAUUUACGAAAUCA